GUAAAAGGCGAUGGGUGUGUUGCUUUGUGUUUAUUUCUUGUUUUAGAUAGAAACGAAUGAAUAAGUUAAAAAUUUAGUGUUAAGUUUAUCAAAAUAAUUUAAAGUCAUCAGUUUGAAAAUCACGCCAUUGUAAAUAUCUGCAAACAAAUUCUUGUUUUGAUUUGGUCAAUGGUUGUGUUACUGAUUGUAGUUAAAACAAAAUAUGAAACAAUUGAAUAAAUUAGUUAGUGUAAUGUUUGUGUUAAGUGAUGUCCCAUGUUUAGAGGUGUAUAGUAAACACGCGUGGGCUUGAUUGACUGAUUAAAUUUACAAUAAUGGCUUUCGUAAAUAAUUAUUGUGUAUAUAAACAUGGAUAUGAACUUUGAUUGUGUUGGUGUUCGAAUUUCGAAAUCACGAUGUCGUCGUCGCCGUGCCAAAAAGGCGGGAUGCGCCUCAGUGAAGCGUUGGAUAAUAUGCAGCUUGCGUACAACCCGAUAACUAAGCAGUUGCAUUUUGUGAGUCCUAAAGUGGAAAAACAGGUUGAGGAUACGUCUGAUGACAUUGAUAAGCUGUCAAAGAAGAGCAGUUUCAGUGAUGAAGGCAAUUUUUCUAUAUCAACUUGUGAGAAAAGUGAUACAAGUGAUUCUCCGAAGAGUACUCUGCAGUGGGGCAGUGUGAGUGGUCACCACCGAGGCAAGGAUGGUGGUUCCUUCUCAAGUACAGUCUCCAGUCUGUCUGAGUGUUCUCUUGGGUCUGCUGCCUCCAAGGAUGAUGAAGUUUCGAUGUAACUUCACAUGACCAGGAGCAGUCUAAACUGAAGAAGAAGGGAUUGUCCGGGUUUUUCAGCAGAGGCGUAUUUCCAUGGAAAAGCAAUUCUUCGAAAAACCACGACUCUCCAUCUUCUGUGGUGUCAUGGCGUCUCUUUGGAAGCAAGUCUAGUGGGAAUUUGGCAGCGAAGACUAUAAAUUCGGAAGCUCAGAAGACUUUGACUCCAGCGUCGUCUGUAGCGAAUACCCCUCAUCAUCAUAAGAGGCAAGGGAGUUCUGCCAGCGAGAAACAGUUUGAAGAUUUGGUCGCCAGUUCUAUAGCUCUUAUACAGCAUGACAGCUUUAUCUACAAGUAAUCUUCAUCAGGGAAUGGAAAACAACUUUAGUAAGGAGGGUGAUAUUAUCUUUAGUAUAACUAUACGUAUGAGAAAAUUCAAUUACCUACGCGGUGUGCCGGUGAAUAUUACUGCAUCGUGGCCAUCAAAUCUCCCAGCGAAAUGUACGGAAGAAGCUCUCAGACAUAAAGCUGAACACGCUCGGAUGGUGGAAGCAGCGAGGCGGAGAGUGGAACGGGAGGCAGCAGCCAGGCACGCCAGGAUGCAGGAGUCGUUGCGGUUGGAGGAGAGGCUCGCCAGACACGCUAAGGAGUGGACACAGAACAUACUGCCGGAAUGGAAUAACACGAAGAAUUCAAAACGCACUCUAGAACUUUGGUGGAGCGGGCUUCCUCCAGCGGUACGCGGCAAAGUAUGGCAGCUAGCGAUCGAGAACAAACUCAAGAUCACACACGACAUGUACCAGGACUACGUAGCGAAAGCCAAACAGAGGUUACACGAAGCACAACUCAGGAGAAAGCGGUUAAAAGUCAACAGAAACGACAAAUGUAGCUGCCAAAAGGAAAAAGUCAGUGAACAAAAAGAAAAACUUGGCAAAUUAGAUGAUAUAUUAGCUAAAACUGACGACAGAAUAAAACCUGAUGAAGACAAACCACGUUUAGGCAUACCACGGAAUUAUAGCGAACAGAAUCUCAAGUCUCAAGCUACUGAUGCAGGGCCACAGAAGUGCUGUUCGAAAUCCAACCCUAAUUUGUUAGACUAUAGUGACGAAUGUUCCAUGGAGUUGAUACAGUUGGACAUUGCGCGGACGUUCCCACAUUUGUGUAUCUUCCAGCCGGGAGGACCGUACUUCGAUGUGUUGCAUGAACUGCUGGCGGCGUACGUGUGCUAUAGACCUGACAUUGGAUAUGUUCAGGGCAUGUCAUUCAUAGCAGCGGUGCUGAUCUUGAACAUGGAAGCACCGCAAGCAUUCGUCUGCUUCGGCAACCUGUUGGACGGACCUGUGCUCAGAGCUGCCUUUACCAGAGACGGAGCUACUAUGCAGCGACUAUGGAAAGCCUACACAACAUUACUGCGUCACAAUCUACCAUCUCUAGCCGACAUAGUAGCCCCCGAGUUAUAUCUCCUGGAAUGGCUAUACACAGCAUUCGCUAAAGCAAUGCCACUGGACGCCGCCUGCAGAGUCUGGGACGUCUUCCUACGAGAUGGAGACACUUUCCUCUUUAACACUGCUCUUGGCGUCCUCCACCUAUACCAAGAAGAGUUAAAAGACAUGGACUUCAUAUCCGCAGCUCAAUUUUUAACAAAACUACCAGAAGAUUUGGAUACAGAAGCCCUUUUCAAGAGCAUAUCUGCUGUGUCCUUGACCUUGGACGGCAUGUCCUUCGAAGAGCUCGCGUCCUGCUGCGAAGUCGACACGAGCCUUGAUGAUGACGUCACGUGUUGGAAGAAUAAUUCUUGCUCAUCGGCAUAA